AUGGCUGCUGUGAAUGGGGACGCUGAGUCGCGGGCCAUAAGCCGCGACGAGCUGCGGCCGAAGCUCAUAACGAGCUCCACCAAGCGCAGAGUGAACGAGCUCUCAGGACUACAACAUCAAGUCGCAGACGACUAUAUACUCGAUACAGCACUCGUCACUGCCGACCUCCAAGCGCUCCUCGAACUACUCUUCGAAACCUAUCCGCUAUACGACGACCGCGAAUCGCGCCGGGCUGUCGAAGGCGUCCUCAAGUCGCUGGUAAACGGACCACAUGGCGACAAGGUGCUACCUCCGAUUGUCAAGUUCUUGACGCAGGAAUGUGGCAAAAAGGCCAUUGCACACGCCAAUGCCUUUGUGCUGAACGAUUGGUGUUCAGUCUUGCUGUUGCAAUUCGCGAAAUCACCUGAACGAUGGACAAAGCACGGCCUGGACGUGGCUCUUGCGAAUGCGCGUGUAAUAGAGACAUGCGUGGGUGCUGGGGGCGACCGGCGAGCUGGCCGCAUCUCAAUAGCCGCCCUUGUUUCGACGCGCCGGGCCCUGCGCGCCAUAUUCCGCUCCGAGGCAAUUGGCAAGGACGCUCACUCCAAGCUGAUCACGACUCUCACCGCAAAGGGCACCGCGCCCACAGCUGGAAAUGCCGUCUUCCUCGGCGUCAUCGCAGGUGUCUCGUCCCGUCUCGAGACCGUCAAGCCGCUCCUCGAAGCUCACAAGCAAGACUACUACACAUAUUACACCAGGGAAAUCGUCGGAUCAAGGAGCCAGCUACCAGACCACAUCUCCAAUGCGUUACAUGAUUUCUUUGACAGCUUCCCCACUCUUGAAGAGCUGCGAAAGGAUGUCAUACCACCCAUCGAAAAGGCCCUGCUAAGAGCGCCAGAAGUAGUACUAAACGACAUCGUCUCACCCAUGUUCCUGGCCCUCCCCGAAACCAUGGAUCUCUCUGAUAUCCUGUUAAGCAACAUGCUGAAGCCUUUGCUUUCCAAUGUCAAAUCGAGCAACGCCUCAAUUCGUGCAGGUGCUCUGCGAACUUUCAAGGCGUUAGCUUCGCGGUCAAAAGAUGAUGCCAAGAUUGACAAGGUCGCAGAUGAAGUGCUUACCCCCUUGAAGCAAGGCAAAGUAUCCGGUGUUGAUCAGAAAGUUCUACACGCUCAGAUGCUCUCAGCGCUACCUGAGUCAAUAGCCUUGUCGAAGAAGAUACCAGCAGGCAUCGCUCCAGUGGCCCUGAAAGAGCCAAGUGAACCAGCUGUCGUAGCUGAAGUGUCUGCAAUGACAACGCACCUGAACUUUGGCUUAGCAAACGGAGUAGCUCUCGACAAGACCGUUUCAGAUGCUUUCAUCAAGGGUAUGGGUGAUAAGCGUGUGCCUGUCAAGCGGCUCUGGGCUAUUCGUGCAGCGGAUAUCUGGUGGGGUCUCUCCGAUGCACAACAAGCCCAGCCGGACGUACUUGCAUUCUGUCAAACCACUUUGCCAAAGCUCAUCGAGAUCUGGCAGGAAGUCAACGCGAACCCCCUGCCUGCAACGCAGACAGGAUUGGUUACGGCAGGACACUAUGCUACUGCGAUCCUCAUUGAUAGAGUACAAAGCAUAAAGGACGAGAAGCUGGGAUCCAUCUACAAAAAAUCCGAUGUCAUCUCGCAAUCGCUCGCCACGCAACCAAAGCCUUCCUUCCUUCUCAACCCCAAGGUAUAUUCCAAACUCUCUUCCGAAGAAGACGUUUCGAUCGCUCUACGCGCCUUGAACGCCAUUGCGCCAGACGUUACUCAAGCUUCAAAAGAAGUAGCAGACGCAUGGGCACAGGCAUUCAUCUUCCUGAUCGUCGCUCCAAGCGUCUCUGCCAAAGCGAAGUCGGCCGCUAAACAAGCCCUAACUGCAACAUAUCUCCAGACCUCUCCCGAGAAGAUCAGCAACAUCAUCAUCGAGGGAUUGUGGUCGUGGUACAGGUCAAGUGAACUAGAAGACAAGGAUAGCGCGGCAUUCGCAUCCAAGGCGGGCCCAGGCGAGCUUGGAGCUGUGUUGAGCUGCAUAUGCCUUCCUUCGGAGACAAUAAAGAAGCACGAAGCAAGUGUGGAUGCUACAAGCCUACAAAAGCAAGCCAUGAACCUUGUUGUACUAGCAAGGAAAGAGAUCAUUCCGAGGGUUUCUUGGAUCGAUCUAUGCCUUCGCAUGGGCGUAGACCCAGGCCAGAUCGUUCGGGAGAACCUGCAAGACUUCGUAAGCACUAUCAACGAAGCAACCGAGAACAAGGAUAAUGAGCGAUUACCGGCAAUCAGCGCGGCGGCCUACAGUGCUUAUACUGACAUGGCUUUCGUGGCUCCAGAGGCUGCCUUACCAGCCGUCGUCAAGCAGUUUAGUCAGGAUCUCGACCCAAAGCAGAUGGAAUCCGUAGGCCCAACCGAAGCAGCGAUUUUCCGUACCCCAGAGGGCACAGCCUAUGUCGACGUUCUAUCGAAGAAGGCGCCUCAGGUAAUCGACAAAAACACCAAAGACUACGAUACCCUGAAGUGGGAGGAAGAGCUAAGGGCCCAGCUUGCACAAAAGAAGGGCCAAGCCAAAAAGCUCAGCGCAGAUGACCAGGCCAAGGUCAACGCCCAGCUGGCGAAAGAAUCUGCUAUUAGAAAAGAAGUGGCUGCCACGGAACACAGGAUGAGGCGAGGCGUGGGCAUCAUUCGCAGCCUUGCUACUGGACCUCCUACUGAGGCGGAGCAAUGGAUGGGACCUGCCGUGGAUCUCUUGAUCCAAGCCAUUCGUGCUGGCGCUGGUCUGUUGCUGGGAGAUGUCCCGGCAACUGCGUUGAUCAGCUGUUCGGAGCGAGUAUCGAACCGCCUGGGCAUGAUGCGACCUUUCGUUGGUGUAGCAAUACUGCGAACGAUUGGUUCCAUACAGCUUGCUAGUGAGUAUGAAGAUGAAGAUCUGGGUGAUCUGGUGACACGCGUGCUGUACCGCCUUCGUUUCUUGAGCGAGCAGAGGCCGCUUGACGCAGUGUCUCUGGCGUACUGCUUCCCUUUGCUCUUCCUUGUACUAGAAAAGGGUGGCAUAGGCAAGUCUGCGGCUGAAGAAGCCGACGAACAGCUCAUCCUAGCCAUCGAAGUGUUGACGUUCCACACCAACUCAUGCACUGACUCUCGUCUCCCGCGCAAAGCCUUGCUGGAGAUUCUGGUGUGGUCCCUGCAAAAAUACCAACAGCAUUACAAGAUCAUCAAGGACUGCAUUACCAAUCUUGCUAGCGGUCUAGCUCCCAACAUCAACAACGAUGAGCUGGGCGCCCUGCUACGUGGUACUAUCGUGCCUGAGACGGGUGUCCGAACUGCAACUCUGCAAGCCAUCGAUGCUGAGCUCGACAUGAACGAUCUGACGUUCAGCGAAGAGAUCUUCAUCGCAUGCCAUGACGACGAGCCUGAGAACGCCGAGCUGGCCCAGACAAUCUGGGAGGAAAACGACCUAGAGCUCAAAGCAGAUGCUGGCGUAAAGAUGCUACCUUACUUGGACUCUCUCGACAAACCACUCAGAAGGGCAACUGCACGAGCUAUUGGCGAGAUCAUCACCAAGUUCCCUGAGACAUUUGACGAUAUCCUACGGAGACUUCGGGAGACCUACACAGAAAAGGCAAAGCCACGCGUUCCAGAGCGCGAUGAAUAUGGCAUGCCGCGAAAGGUCGAUCUGCGCGACCCUUGGGAGAGCAGAGACGGUAUUGCCCUCACCUUCAAGGAGAUGACCCCAGGUUUCAAGCCCGACGACCUUGUGGACUUCUUGAACUUCCUGAUCUACGAGGGCCCCUUGGGAGACCGAAGCCCUGCAGUGAGGGAAGAGUUGAUCGAAGCAGCAACCUCAGUCAUCACCGCCAAAGCGCAAACCAAGGUCGAACCUCUCAUGGAGCUAUUCGAGAACGCGCUCGAAGCUCCUGAUCGCAAGUCGGAAAUGUACGAUCAAGUCAACGAAGCAGUCAUUAUUCUCUACGGUGCUUUGGGUCGCCAUUUGACUGCCGGCGACGAGCGGGUUCCAAAGGUCGUGCAGAGACUGCUGGCGACUCUCAGUACGCCUUCCGAGACCGUGCAAUACGCCGUUGCUCAAUGUCUCCCGCCUCUGGUUCGCACGUCUGAACAAGAGGUUUCAAACUACAUCAACCAAAUGAUGGAUCAACUACUCACUGCGAAGAAGUACCCUUCGCGUCGCGGUGCUGCUUAUGGUCUCGCGGGUAUCGUACGCGGCAAGGGCCUGGGUCUGCUCAAAGAACAUCGCAUCAUGUCCACACUCAAAGGAGCUAGCGAGAACAAGAAAGAUCCUAACCAGAGACAGGGAGUGUACUUGGCAUACGAGCUUUUCUCCUUAAUCCUCGGUCGCUUGUUCGAGCCUUACGUUAUUCAAUUAGUACCGCAACUGCUCGCUGGAUUUGGCGAUACCAGCACUGACGUCCGAGAAGCCUGUCUGGAUGCUGCCAAGACUUGUUUCUCCACGCUCAGUUCUUUCGGUGUCAGGCAGGUGCUACCGAUACUUUUGGAAGGACUCGACGAGGAUCAAUGGCGUAGUAAGAAGGGUGCUUGCGACUCCCUAGGAGCUAUGGCCUACCUAGACCCCAACCAGCUGGCUCUGAGCUUGCCCGAUAUCAUCCCGCCCCUCACCGUCGUAUUGACAGACAGUCACAAAGAAGUACGAGCUUCGGCGAACCGAAGCUUGCAGCGCUUUGGUGAAGUCAUCAGCAACCCAGAGAUCAAGAGUGUCGUCAACAUCAUCUUGAAGGCUCUCAGCGACCCGACUAAAUACACAGAUGACGCUCUCGACGCCCUGAUCAAGAUUCAAUUCGCACAUUUCCUUGAUGCGCCUUCUCUUGCCCUUGUGGUGCGCAUUCUGGAGCGAGGCCUGGGUGACCGAUCUGGAACUAAGCGAAAGUCUUCACAGAUUAUCGGCAGCUUGGCAUACCUUUCGGAAAGGAAGGAUCUCACAUCUCAUCUGCCCAUCUUGGUCGCUGGACUAAGGGUCGCGAUCGUGGAUCCUGUACCGGCUACGCGUGCCACUGCUUCAAAAGCGCUCGGUUCUCUCGUGGAGAAGCUUGGAGAGGAUGCCCUGCCAGAUCUCAUCCCAAGUCUCAUGUCUACACUCAAGUCCGAUACAGGUGCCGGAGACCGACUUGGUUCUGCCCAAGCUCUUUCAGAAGUCCUCGCCGGUCUCGGAACUGGACGCCUGGAAGAGACACUGCCCAGUAUCUUGCAGAACGUGGCCAGCAACAGAGCUUCUGUCCGCGAGGGCUUUAUGUCUCUGUUUAUCUUCUUGCCAGUCUGUUUCGGAAACAGUUUCGCCAACUACCUCAGCAAGAUCAUUCCUCCUAUUCUCGGCGGUCUUGCAGAUGACGUGGAAUCAAUUCGAGAGACUGCCCUGCGCGCUGGUCGUCUCUUGGUCAAGAACUUUGCUACCAAGGCUAUCGACCUGCUACUGCCUGAGCUCGAGAGAGGUCUUGCAGAUGACAGCUAUAGGAUUCGUCUCAGCUCAGUGGAGCUCGUGGGAGACCUACUGUUCAACCUUACAGGUAUCAGCGGCAAGGUGGAAGAAGAAGAAGUCGAAGAGGGCGCCAAAGAGGCCGGGCAAUCUUUGCUCGAAGUCCUCGGCGAAGAGAAGCGCAACAAGGUUUUGUCUGCUCUGUACAUCUGCAGGUGCGAUACAUCUGGCCUUGUGCGGACAGCCUCUAUCAACGUAUGGAAGGCAUUGGUGGCCAGCCCACGUACUCUACGCGAGCUUGUUCCUACGCUUACCCAACUUCUCAUCCGUCGCUUGGCAAGCUCAAACAUGGAGCAGAAGGUCAUCGCCGGAAACGCGCUCGGAGAGCUCAUUCGAAAGGCGGGAGAUGGUGUACUUGCUACUCUGUUGCCUACCCUCGAAGAAGGUUUGCACACUACCGAUACAGAUGCCAAGCAGGGUAUUUGCAUCGCCCUUCGCGAGCUCAUCGCAGCUGCAUCACCAGAACAGCUCGAGGACUACGAGAAGACUCUUAUCCAGGUUGUUCGAACUGCUCUGGUGGAUCCCAACGUGGAUGUGCGGGAAGCAGCAGCAGAAGCCUUCGACGCUCUACAACAGAUCUUUGGCAAAAAGGCUGUCGACCAAGUUCUGCCUUACCUGCUCAAUCUCCUACGUUCGGACGACGAUGCGCAGAACGCGCUCUCGGCGCUUCUCACCCUCCUCACAGACCAAGCGCGAUCCAACAUUAUUCUACCAAAUCUCCUACCAACACUCCUCACUUCACCUAUGUCUGCCUUUAAUGCCCGCGCUAUCGCGUCUUUGGCCGAAGUUGCAAGCUCUGCUAUGACUCGAAGACUGCCCACUAUCCUCAACACUAUCAUGGACAACGUUAUCGCUUCCAAGGAUGAGGAGCUCAGGUCAGAGCUCGAGACAUCGUUCGAUAAGGUACUUCUGUCUGUAGACGAGUUCGAUGGCCUUAAUACUGCCAUGAGUGUCAUGCUUGCCUUGUCGAAACAUGACGAUGAGCGGAGACGCACGCGUGCCGACAUGCAUCUUGCCAAGUUCUUCGCAGAGGCGGACGUCGACUUCUCUAGAUACUACCCUGACCUCAUUCGGGCUCUCCUCAUCUCGUUUGGCGACAGCGAUACUGAGGUUGUCAAGGCUGCAUGGACUGCUCUCAGCACACUCACUAGCAAGCGUCUUCGGAAAGAAGAGAUGGAGUCGCUUGUCAUAUCUACUCGCCAGACACUCAAUCAAGUCGGUGUUGCUGGUGCAGACCUCCCUGGAUUCUCACUACCCAAGGGUAUCAACGCCAUCUUGCCUAUCUUCUUGCAGGGUCUCAUGAACGGCUCGAUAGACCAGCGAACACAAGCCGCUCUGGCCAUCUCUGAUAUUAUCGACCGUACCAGCGCAAAGUCACUGCAGCCAUUCGUCACUCAGAUCACAGGACCUCUCAUUCGUGUGGUUACCGAGCGUUCCGUCGAAGUCAAGGCAGCUAUCUUGCUUACACUCAACAAUCUGCUCGAGAAGAUCCCAACCUUCCUCAAACCGUUCUUGCCCCAACUCCAGCGUACGUUUGCUAAAUCACUUGCGGAUACAUCUUCGGAUGUCUUGCGAGCGCGAGCAGCCAAGGCCCUUGGUACAUUGAUCAAGCUUACACCGAGGGUUGACCCGCUUAUCGCUGAGUUGGUAACGGGAUCCAAGACGAGCGAUGAAAAUGUCAGAACCGCUAUGCUGAAGGCCUUGUUUGAGGUGGUGAGCAAGGCAGGCAAGAAUAUGAGCGAAGCAAGCAGGAAUGCCAUCCUAGGUCUCAUCGACAAUGAGAGCGAUGACUCCAACGAUGCAAUGGCGAUUACAAAUGCUCGACUUCUCGGUGCUCUCAUCAGUUGCCUACCUGAGGAUAUUGCGUCGAGCCUGCUCAAGGCUAGAGUGCUUACUACUCAUUACAACAAAGCUUCUGUACUGGCGCUCAACGCUAUCCUGCUAGACGCCCCAGAGGCUUUGACAGAAUCGUUUGCGGAAGAGACUGUUUCAGUCAUCUGCCAGGGAAUUGGGCAUGCACAGCCGUUCAUCUCAGAUAACUCUAUCCUCGCCGCUGGCAAAUAUCUCUUGUCGGAAAAGAGCAACAAGAGUUUCGAUCACACCAAGCCCAUCUUCGAGGCUCUUGCGCCGGUAGUUGAGCCUGGGCACCCCGUUGACACAAGGCGAUUGGCAUUGGUGGUACUCCGCACAGUUGCUCGAGAGCACAAUGAGCUGAUUCGUCCGCAUAUUCCGCUCCUCAUACCGGUGGUAUUUGCAUCGGUGCGCGAUCCCGUCAUUCCAGUCAAGCUGUCUGCUGAAGCAGCUUUCCUUGCCAUUUUCUCAGUGGUGGACGAGGAAACUGCCGUGUUUGAUAAGUACAUGGCUGGACCUGGCAAGAGUCUAUCUCCCGGUCAACAACGCAGCAUGGGAGAUUACUUCAAGAGGGUUGCCAUGAGGCUAGCUGGGCAAGCCAGAGAGAGGAAAGAAGCCGAGGGCGGAGCAGGAGGACUUGGCUUGUCGAGUGACGAGAUGGAGGACGAGCGAGAGAUCUGGAGCGUAGGGAAAGUGGAGUUGGGAGAUGUGUUUGGUGAAAACUAG